AUGUCUACACAUACCUGGCAAGUGUGGGCCAUGUACAUGGUCUUGGCUGUCAGUCUCUCUGAGGAACAAGCCCUGAAGCAGGCCUGUCCUUCAUGCGAUGCCACACAGUUUUGCAACUGCUCUUCCAUGGGCUUGGACUUCAUUCCCUCGGGGCUCACGGACAAAAUCACAGUGUUAGACUUGGCCCGCAACAGGAUAAAGUACAUCCGAGCACACGAUCUGCAGCAGGCUGUGAACCUGAGAACCCUGCUGCUGCAGUCCAACAAAAUCAGCUCCAUAGACGAGGACUCGUUUGUCUCCCUGGGGAAACUGGAGCUCUUGGACUUGUCAAAUAACAGCCUGGCUCACUUGUCCCCAGGGUGGUUUGAGCCCCUGUUUUCACUCCAGCACCUCCACAUUCAUGGCAAUUGCUAUAGCGACCUGGGGGAAAGUUCUCCCUUUUCUAGCCUGAGAAACUUGAGCUCUCUCCACCUGGGCAACCCGCGGUUCUCCACAAUAAGGCAAGGAAACUUUGAGGGCAUUACGCUUCUCAACCAGCUGUGGAUCGAGGGCAGCAAUCUCAGUCUGUAUGAGCCUGGAAGUCUGAAAUCAAUUAAGAAGAUAAGUCACAUGAUCAUAAGCAUAAGAAGGGUAGAUCUGUUCUCAGCAAUUGUUCGGGACCUUCUGCACUCUGCCAUUUGGUUAGAAAUUAGAGAAAUAGCAUUCAAUAUACCUGAAGAAAUACAACUUUUGAGAGUUAUAUCUUUGUCUUUUGCAAAGAAAAUUUCUUUUAAACAGGUCUUACUCACAGAUGCUACUGUGCCUGGGAUUGUCAGUAUUUUAGAAAAUGUGCCAAAAUUAGUUGAGGUGGAGAUGAAAGACUGUAGACUCUUGGGCACUGGAAAAUGGGAUUUAAAAGUUCAAGCAAACCAAUCACAGUCUCUGACAGUUCUGACAAUAGAGAAAUUAUCUAUAGAGGAAUUUUAUUUGUUUACAGAUCUUCAGGCUGUACUAGAUCUACUAUCUCUCUUUACCAAAAUCACAGUUGAAAAUACCAAGGUCUUUUUGGUACCAUGCAGGCUUUCAAAACAACUUCUGUCAUUAGAGUAUCUUGACCUUAGUGCAAAUUUGCUUGGAGAUCAGAGUUUGGAGCACUCAGCCUGUCCAGGUGGUUGGCCUUUACUACGAACUUUAAAUUUAAGUCAGAAUUCACUGAGUGACUUAAAAAUGACAGCUAAAAGCUUGUCUCAUCUAAGAAACUUAAUUCUUUUAGACAUUAGCCAAAACAAUUUUGGUGAGAUUCCAGAUGUGUGUGAGUGGCCAGCAAAUUUGAAAUAUUUGAAUCUCUCCAGUACUCAAAUUCCCAAAUUAACGGCUUGCAUUCCCUCAACUCUCGAAGUGUUGGACAUCAGUGCAAAUAACCUGAAGGAGUUUAGUCUGCAUCUGCCAUUUCUCAAAGAGCUGUACCUUGCAAAAAACCAGCUGAAGGCCUUGCCUGAUGCGGCAAGCAUUCCUAACUUGGUGGCCAUGUCAAUCAGAAGAAACAAGCUCAACAGCUUCUCCAAGGAAGAGUUGGAGUCCUUCAGGAAAAUGGAGCUGCUGGAUGCCAGCGCCAAUAACUUUAUCUGCUCCUGUGAAUUCCUCUCCUUCAUUCAGCACCAGGCAGGGAUAGGCCAGGUGCUCGUGGGGUGGCCAGAAAGCUACAUCUGCGACUCUCCCCUGGCGGUGAGGGGGGUGCAGGUUGGAGCCGUGCAGCUCUCACUGAUGGAGUGUCACCGGUCCCUGGUGGUGUCCUUGAUCUGCGCUGUGGUUUUCCUGGUCAUCCUCAUCCUGGUGGCCAUUGGGUACAAGUACCAUGCAGUCUGGUACAUGAGAAUGACGUGGGCGUGGCUCCAAGCUAAGCGGAAGCCCAAGCGAGCCCCCCCAAAGGACAUCUGCUACGAUGCUUUUGUCUCCUACAGCGAGAACGACUCCAACUGGGUGGAAAACGUCAUGGUGCAGGAGCUGGAGCAGGCGUGUCCCCCCUUUAGGCUGUGCCUCCAUAAGCGGGACUUUGUGCCCGGGAAGUGGAUUGUGGAUAACAUCAUCGACUCCAUCGAGAAGAGCCACAAAACGCUCUUUGUGCUGUCGGAGCACUUUGUGCAGAGCGAGUGGUGCAAGUACGAGCUGGACUUCUCGCACUUCCGCCUCUUUGAUGAGAACAAUGAUGCGGCGAUUCUCAUCCUCCUGGAGCCCAUCCAGAGCCAAGCUAUUCCCAAGAGGUUCUGCAAACUGCGGAAGAUAAUGAACACAAAGACCUACCUGGAGUGGCCUCAUGAAGAAGAGCAGCAGGAGAUGUUUUGGUUUAAUUUGAAAGUAGCUCUAAAAUCCUAG